ACUUCCAAGGCGCUCACCGUCUCUGCCAUGGACAUUUGCUGCGACCCAAACGAAGUGGAAGCCAAAUCAGCCGAACGACAAGCAGCCAACAAAAGCGAAAAGGAAAUUAUCGAUCGAAGAGUGAAAAAGUCAUUCGACGCCUGAUUUGCUCUGGCAAAGAGGGCAUACAAAUCCGUUUUUUCGCAAAAAUUCGCUUAAAUAUUUAAGUAAUUCUACAAAUUGGAAGUGAAGAAUUUGAAUUAUCGCAAAUACAACGAUAAAAGUGUGUGCUAAGUGUGGCUGGUAUGCUGUUUUUGUGAGUGUUGAAUGUGUAAAAAAUUUAUUGAAUUACUAAAUCUGGUGUUCAGCAAAAACCUCAGCCCGCACACACACACACACACACCAGGAAGAAGAAGUCCAUAAUAUUAAUAGAGACACAGACAGCAGCGUAGCGUAGAGUCAACGUAAUAGCAGCAUGGCUGACAGCGAGUUCGAGGAGUUCCACAGGCCCAUCUUUGAGCCACAUCAGAUCCAAACAUAUAUGAGCCCUGGCCAAAAGAAAAAUAACGCCCAUACCUUCUAUUCCCUAAUACCCAAUGACGAGCUCGAAGAUUCACCAUCGUCGAAAAGUGAUGCCUCCGAUCAGGAAGAUGCCGGCGGUGGGGAACUUUGCUGUGAAUCUAUAAAACUACAACGUCAGGUGGAAGAUGAUGAAAUCGGUGAUGGACUCAAGGUGGUCUCACUCUCUUCGGAUGGUUCGUUGGAUACAAAUGACUCCUUCAAUUCACAUCGUCAUCAUCCGUUGAAUCAUCAGGAUGCGAUUGGUGGUCUGGUGGGCAUUGGUACCGGUGCUGGCACUGGCAAUACAACCGGCACAGAUUGUGUAAUUGGCUCGCAAUUGUUACUUUCACCCAAUACAGCUGCUGCAAUUGGUGCCACCCAGCAGCAACAACGACGUAGACGAAAAUUACCGGAAAUACCAAAGAAUAAGAAAUCUUCCAUUCUACAUCUUUUAGGUGGGGGAUAUGGGCAGACCACACUGGCUGAUGAAAUGAACAAUGGACGCAAUCAGUUGAAUGACAACAACAAUGCCAUCACAGGCAAUACAAUUAAUGGCAAUACGAAUAGUUUAAAUGGUGGCACGAACACAGCACGAAAUAAUCAACGCUCAUUUUUGACACUCAAAUGUGGUUAUCUCUUGGAUGAGGACUCUAGUCCCGAUUCCGAACGUCUACAGAGUUUGGGUGAUGUGGAUAGCGGUCAUAGUACAGCACAUUCACCAAAUGAUUUCAAAAGUAUGUCACCACAAAUCACUUCCCCCGUUUCGCAAUCACCAUUUCCUCAACCAUUCGGUGGUGUGCCCUUCUCUCAACUCGAAAUGCUCGAGGCUACACAUCGUGGCUUACACAAGUUCAUACCUCGUCAUCAUGAUGAAAUCGAAAUUGAAAUCGGCGAUGCUAUUUACGUACAAAAAGAAGCGGACGAUUUGUGGUGUGAGGGUGUAAAUUUGCGCACUGGUCGACAGGGUAUUUUCCCCUCGGCAUAUGCGGUUGAUUUGGAUUACAAUGAGUUCGAUCCGACGGUGCAACAGGUGAAGAAAGAGCGUUAUCUGCUCGGUUAUUUGGGUUCGGUAGAGACAUUAGCUCACAAGGGAACCGGUGUUGUGUGCCAAGCAGUGCGUAAAAUUGUUGGUGAAUAUGGAAAUUCACCAGCUGGUCAAGUGUGCAUAUUGGAGGUGUCGGAUCAGGGUUUGCGUAUGGUGGACCGAUCGGGACCAAAUAAGAAGGACAAGAAACCCUGCAUCGAUUACUUCUACUCACUAAAGAAUGUCUCGUUCUGCGCAUUUCAUCCACGUGAUCAUCGCUUCAUUGGCUUCAUAACGAAACAUCCAACGGUGCAACGCUUUGCUUGUCAUGUCUUCAAGGGCUCGGAAUCUACACGACCCGUUGCCGAAGCGGUUGGUCGCGCAUUUCAACGUUUCUAUCAGAAGUUCAUAGAAACAGCAUAUCCGAUUGAAGAUAUCUACAUAGAGUAAGCUGUAAGCUAUUCGUAGGGACUGGUUCAUAAAAUGGAUGCGCUGUGCUACUGCAUAGAUAUUGCUAGUGCUGGUUUGUGGUUUACGCUUAUUUUCCCUCAAACACACACACGUUAACAUAAUUAAAAUGAAAAAACAAAAAAUGUUGUCUUCAACAAUUAUAAAAUGAGUACUCGUAGCCGGGUAGCAUGUACUCAUUCAAGCUCGUGUUUAUUUAAAGAAAAUAAUUAAAUUAUAUACAUAUAAAAGAGUAAGUAAAACCAAAAGAAAAAUUAUAAAAUUUAAAAUUAUUCCAAAUGAAUUGAGUAACAACAAUUACUUAGGAGUAUAAUUAGUCAUAGUCAGGCGCAUUCGUGAAAACACCUCACCCGUUGUAUUGAACCAAAUAGAUUUUUUUAGAGAUUUGCAGUUGAAGAUGUAGGCUAAAUUGAAAAAAAAAAUCACGAAAAUAAAAACUAUUUGUAAUGUUUUCAUUUUCUUUGGAGGAGCUUUCACACUGGUGAUUGGACAAAAAUUACAUUAGAACAAGUGUCGAAGUUCUGAUAAUUUUUUUUCUCAUAAUAAAAUUUUUAUUUUUAAAGCGGUUCUAACAGACGGUUCAUUAAAAAUAACUAUCAAAUAACGUAUAUUUUAACUAAAUUGUUUUUGAGUUUCUUAUACUAUCUUUAAUUUGAUUAUUUUCAUAAAUUGAUAGCUUUCAAAGUACUACUUAAUUACCUCAUUAAUUAAGAAUUUCCAAAAUAUAUUUUUGAUAAAAAUCAUUUUUGAAGAAUUUAUGAGCUUUUAGAGACAAUUUCAACGUUUAAAAAUCAUCUAAAAUUAUAAUUUUACUCUAAAUUCGCUAUAAACACAGGUAGUUUUUUAAAUUUUUGUAUAAAUUUUUUAAUUUUUUUUUUAGAAUUAUUUUUCAAUGUUUGACUAAGCAGUAAAAUAAAAACCUGAAAUUAUUAUCCUCAACUUAAAAAGGAAAAAUUUCCGAAUUUACAGUUAUAUACUUAUAUCUAAGUUGAAAUAAAAGUGUCAAUCUCUACUUUCCCCCCACUCGCAUACAUUACCGUCCGCGCUUAUGUUAGAAAUUCAUUAGAAUAUUUCAUUAAUAACUAAAUAAAUAUUAAAUAAGUUGUAUAUUUAUUAAUAAUUUAAAUUAAUUUAUUAUAAAUAAGCAAAUAAAUAUUAAUAUUGUGUGUUAAUGUAUGUUUCUAAGUUCUUACUGACUAUGAUUAGUUGUAAGCUUCCAAUUUCUACUUAAGCUGCUAGUUUAAUAACAGUUAAUAAAUAUUUUUGCAAUAUAACUACAGAAAUGAAAAUCAAAAUGCUUUUUUUUUACAAUAAACCAUAUAUUAUUCAAAUAAUUUUUUAUUAAAAAAAAAUUUUUUAACAAAAAAAACUUAAGGCAAUACGCAGAAUGCUCAUUUAUUAAACAUUUAUUUCAUGAAAAUAAUUCAAAUACUUAAUUUUAUUUUCAGUACUUGAGUAACUCAAACAAGUGUAAAUAGUUUAGGUAAUGUGAGAGAAAAAAGUUGGAGAAAUAAGUCGAGAUGCGCGCUUUAAAAAUGAAAUAAAAGUGAAAGAAAAUUGAAAAAAAACGUUUAAAUGUAUUUAAUGUUUAAGUAAGGAAAAGUGAUGCGAAAUUGUGAGCUAAGCAUGUUUAAAAUCUAUUUUUUUAAGCAAACUCAAGACACUUAAUGAAUUGUUGAUUUUUUUUUUUCGAAAACCAAAACAUCUAUACACUAUUUAAAAAAAAUAUACUCGUAUAUACACCAAUUUUCAAGAACUCAAUUAACACCAAACAAUAGCAAUCAAAAAACUUUCGCAAAUCUAGUAUGGUUAAAAACAUGUUAUACAUAAGAAAAUAGUUAAUUAAAAAAUCUCCAAAAAAAUGUUUAUAGACGCAUACAAAAAUAAUUACAGCUAAAGCAGUUUUGAAAAAUAGAAAAAAUAAAAUAAGUUGUAGGUAUUCAACAAAAUUUUUUUACGUUAAAGCUGAAUUGGUUAAAUUUGGUUUUUCAUAUAUUAAUUUUACAGUGUGCCAUAGUUAGGGCACCUUCUUCAUUUUAAUUUUCGCGCCUUUUAUAUUAGUUUUUGAAUAUAUUUUUCGAAUUAAUACAAAUCUGAACAAUUUUCUUUUCAUUUUAAGUCACAAAAAAUAUUUAAAAAAUUUAAUUUUUAUUAUUCUCACUUAUCGCAUUUAUUUUUGGCAAUAAUGUAGCUCAACUUAAUUUCCCUGCUAUCAAAUGCACAAACACGUA